GCAGUUCUCGUUCCCGGCCGGCGGCGCUGAGGUGACGCCGGGGCUGUGAGCGCCAUGUGGGGCGGCUACAGACGCUAUGGCCGCAUCCUCCUCCUUGCCGGGGCGGCUCGGCACUGCGGGCGGCCUCACAGCAAAACGCAGGGACUCUUCAGCACUAGCAGUGUGCUCUCUACUACUAAAGAUGAAUCUACCGCUUCUACAGACAGCGCCACCAAAGCGACAUCGAAGGAGGGUGCGGAAGAAACACCAAAACAGAAAUUGCUAAAAAUUAUCGGUAAUAUGAAAGUAGAACUGACCACUAAGAGGAAAUUUCAACAAUUAAAAGAGCAGGAGAUCAAAAAGCAAGCUGCUAACAAGCAGGAAGGCCCGGACAGUGAAAGUAGCACAGAAGACAACGUUCAGCGAAGCAGGCCUUUAAAUCCAGAACUGGUGCAGGCUGCAUCUGCUGUUGCAGCUUCCUUCCCACACAGCAAGGAACAGGCAGAAUCAGAGUUACUUGCACAACUUAGAAGGCAUGAAGAAACCACAGAUAAACAGAGAAGGGGAGGAACUAUUAACAUACGCAAUGUUAUUUCGGAAAUGGCAGUUAAGAGAGAGUCCCCAGCUCAGAGAGGCGCGAGUAUAUCCAGACGCAUCUCCUUGGAGGUGGAUGAGGAUGGUCAAAGAAUCAAGCCUGGAAGACCCUCAUCUCGCUCUCUUGACUCCACAAGAAGUCUUAAAGCAGGAAAAAGACUUAAUAUAUUCACUAAGGCUUCUCCAGAAAUGGAAAACGCACUGAAAACAGUAUCUUCGCCAACAAUUUGGGAUCUGGAAUUUGCCAAGGAGAUUGCAGCAGUAACUGAGCAGCCUCCCCGGAAUGGUUUUGAGGAGAUGAUCCAGUGGACCAAAGAAGGAAUACUGUGGGAGUUUCCAAUUGACAAUGAAGCAGGGAUGGAAGAUGAUGCUGAAUUUCAUGAACAUAUCUUUCUGGAGAAACACCUCCAAGAUUUUCCCAAGCAAGGACCCAUUCGCCACUUCAUGGAACUGGUCAUCUGUGGGCUUUCAAAAAACCCAUACCUCAGUGUUAAGCAGAAGAUUGAACAUAUUGAUUGGUUUCGGAAUUAUUUUGAGGAAAAGAAGGAGUAUCUUCAAGAGGUUUGAGACUUGGGAAAGUGGAGUGAAGAAAAUGUGCAGUAGUCACAUGAUCUGAAAGUUGCAUUUUAAAUAAUAAAGGCCAUAUUUCUGUGUGCACUUGUCCACGUAUGUGUAGAUCUCUCUUAGCAACAAAAGAAGGAGCUGAACAGUCUAGAUUUUGUACAACGUGCAUUUAAUAUUAAAUUGAUCAAAUUGAUCAAAUCAUUGUCUUUUAAACAUGAAACUAAUCUUUUGACCAUAGAAAAUAUUAAAUCUGAUUCCGGUUCUUACUGCCUU